AUGAUGGAAAUAGCAAGGAGGUUGGGCAUAGAUUGGAAAUUUAAGGCACCUUAUUUUCCCACAAUGACUGGGCUAGUUGAAAGAUUAAACAGAACAUAUCUAGAAAAGCUUAAGAAAGUUUUAGAAUUCGGGCGCAAGGAUUGUUAUGGCUGUAUUGGUGCGGCAACGAAGGCAUACAUGUUAAGUUCUAAUUGGACUUUGAAAUGUUCUCCAUCGGAGGUCAAUGCUCGUUCGUUAGAUCGUAAACAUAUAAAUAAAUACAGAGAUUUCUUUGCCCAAAAUGCAAAAUAA